AUGAGUGAGAUUGAAAAUCUAACAGAAGACACUCCAUCAACAUAUGGGCAAAUGGAAGGAGCAACAUCAACUACACCUAUAUGCCCUCUUAGGAAGAAUCGAGAUAUAAAGCAAUCAAUCCUGAAUCCAAGUAGGAAGAAUGAUGGAGGUACUUCACUAGUUGUUGCCCACACCUUUGAUCAAGAGUUUUCAAGAGAUAAACUUGCUAAGAUGAUCAUUUUGCAUGAGUAUCUACUCAAUAUGGUCGAACAUGAUGGGUUUAGAGGUUUUGUCAACUCUCUCCAACCAUUAUUCAAGCAUGUAUCUCAAACUACUAUUAGGAGAGAUAUAUUGAAGAUAUAUGAGAGUGAGAAGACUAAGACAAAGAACUCCAUAAGUGACAAUCGUAGUAGAGCUGCAAUCACAACUGACAUGUGGACAUCAAACAAUCAUAAGAGAGGGUAUAUGGUGGUGACUGCACAUUAUAUUGAUGAUUCUUGGAUUUUGCGUAAUCAUAUUAUUAUGUUUAUAUAUGUGACUGCCCCUCAUACUGCUAAACUUCUGGCAAAAGAGUUGAUGGAGUGUUUGGUUGCAUGGUUUCUUGAACGUAAGUUGUCUACCUUAACUUUAGAUAACUGUAGUGUGAAUAUUGCCAUGAUGGAUCAAAUGAAAGAAAAAUUGAGAGGUGCUUCUUUACUUAUGAAAGGAGAAUUAGUUCAUAUGAAAUGUAGUGCACAUAUCUUGAAUUCGAUUGUUCAAGAAGGAUUAGAGGAAAUUCAAAGUGGCAUAGAAACUAUUCGUGAGAGUGCAUUUUUUUGGACUGCCACUCCAAAAAGAGUUGAAAAGUUUGAAGAGGCCAAGAAAGGACUGUCAUGUUCAAGCAACAAAAAGCCAGUGCUUGAUUGUAAGACUAGGUGGAAUUCCACUUAUCUGAUGCUUACUAGUGCCAUUGUUUAUAAAUAUGCCUUUAGUCAUCUAAUACACACUAAGAAAAAGUACAAAAAAGAACCUAGUGAGCUUGAUUGGCUUUUGGCUAAAGUUAUGUGGAGUGCCUUCAAUCUUCAUAUGAUGAGAUUAAGAUAA